AUUAGAGACACACCAAGAAGAGAAGAUCUUUGCAACUCUUCCUGGCAGAAGAAUGCAUUUCUUGGUGAUCUUGGCUUUUCUAGGACAAACUACUGGAGAGACUUUCUUUUAUCGUUAUGAAAAUGAAAAUUUCACACUUACGUGCAACGAAACCUUGGCUAAUGGGAGCAACGAAACAGUUUGGUAUGAAAUUCGAGAACAUCUUCAAGUAUUCAACGCAAUUACCUGUAGUCCCAUAUCUCAAGGGACAAACGAACAGCCUUAUAAUAGAAAGCGUACAAACCGAUUAUCAGUUUCUACUUCCCGAAGUGGUGGGGUAUUUGCAUGUGAACAACUUACAAACACAGGAACAUUGGGGACUCUCCCACUUUUUACCAAUGUGGCUCAUUGCAGACGUUAUAACUUUUUUAUUGUGGUGAUAAUAAACAUGACUGCAGAGAGCCAGAUGUUUGAGAACAUUUCUGCAAAAUCAUAUGAUAAUCGUUUAGUGCAAGAAGGUGGUAACAUCACUCUUUCUUGUGAAUUUCAAACAAAGAGCAAUGGAAUCAAUGUUGCAUAUUGGAUCAAAUAUACAGAAACAAGCAAAUGCCUGUCUUCUCUUCAGAAAGGAACAGAACUUUCCUAUAAUCACCACUGCUGUAUUGAUGAGAUGAUCAAAGGACGACUAUUGAAUCAUACAAGCUUAGACUCAGACAACAAACAUAUAGUCCAUAAUAUAACCAUCUUGAAUGUUACUUACUCUGAUAGUGGAACUUAUUUAUGUGUUGUAAAUGCCUGGUCAAAAGGGAAAUAUGUUUGGAAGAUUGCAAAUAAUCUUUCUAUAGAAGUGAGGAAUGAAAUUCCAUUCUCUCCUUCAGUGCCAUUCCAUUCCAAGGUGCCAUUGUAUGCUACAAUCGGAUCGAUCGCAGGGAUUAUCACCAUCAGUGGGAUAGUAUGGUUGAUCUAUAAAAAGAAAAAGAAUAACAACUCAAAAGGAAAGUCAUCUGCACAACUUCCCAGCGCUCAGGCUGCUGUUGAAAUUCCAGGAGAUGAAUGUUUCCCAUAUGCUAUGAGCAGUAGAAAAGACUUGAAAAGAAAUGAAGUGUUGUAUUCUGUUGCAGCAAGCCCAUAUGAGAACCCAAAUGCAGACUAUUGUAUAGUGGAUGACACUGAAGCAUCUGGCAAGAGGCCUGGAGAUAAAAUACAUACCGUCUAUGCACUAGUGCAAGAAUAGCUGUUCCUGUAAGUGACCUAUAAGAGGAUGUGUUAUUUUUUAUGAAUUAUAUUACUAAUAGAACAACCCAGGUUAGUCACACUUGUAUAAUUAAUAGGGGGGCAAUGUGAGAAUGCACUAAUUGACAGGACAUUUUCUUUCAAUUGUAUGAAUCUAUUCAGGGAUCUGUUUCUCACUUCAGCAAUAUAGACCUUUAGUUUUCCACUAUAUAUGCCCCUUUUUGCACUGCGUAGCUGUAGAGUCGGAUUUUCAAACCUGAAGUAAAAGAAAUAGGCUAAUCUGGAAAUUGUUCAACCAGAGCAAACCUUAAAUUGAUCACACACAUUGGACAGCAGUGACAUUUCAGCUAAUGCAAAACAUGGGUGAGAGGGAAGGCACAAGGAAUAGUGCAUUAGUUUGCCAUCACUGCAAUAUCUGUGCUCUCCUGAGUGCAGGAACUGCUUUCUGGGACACAAGCGGCCCAAAAAUUGAAAUAGAAGAUGCGGGGAGAUGGUAUGACCGUGCCCCACUCCCUCUAGCCUGCCAUCUCUUUUGGGGGAGCACAACAUCUGCUCUUGUCCAGCAAGGCAGUAGAGUUCCAGGAGACAGUGGAUAAAUUGCUUUUCUCUCACGUAUGGCUUUGAAUACACAAAGAAAGAACUUUUUGUGGUUUAAGGAUGUGGUGCUCAGAAUGUUCAGCAUUGCAUUCUUGAUUGAUGGUGCCACUGUAUUUCUCUUGAGCACUAAUUUACCUUUGUAAAACAGCUAUGAAAUCCCCACUACUACUCCUUUUUUAUAGUAAAAAAUCACUUUGAGGCAUGUGGGCCAUAAUUCCGUCAUAUGCAAUUUUGAUUUUAGCCUAACUGACACCUAACAGUGUGAGAUUGUUUCUUAGAAGGUAUAAUGAAAGCUGAACUAUAUGACUUUCUCUAAAACCACAUUGAAAAACUCUCCAAUGACCAUGAAAUUGUUUUUAUUUGCAAAGGAGCUGGAGAAUUGAAGUCAGUAUGAAAAUAAUGAUCAACUUUUGGCUGAAUAACUUUGACUAGUGAAUUUUGAGUAUUCAGUGAGCUAUCUUACAGAUAUUAAUGAGAAGAUCCACUGCUGAUACAAAGUCUCAUACUAUUAUGAAGCUAUGAAAGUUUGCAUUAGAAGAACAUCAGAAUUGUCAUACUUGGACCACUGGUUCACAUAGUCCAGAAUCCUGUCUCAAAGCUUAUGACCUUCAUCAGAUCCUUCAGAAUUAGAUUCAAGAAGAAUCCCAAUAAUAGAUAAUUAUGGCACAACUUACUCACAGAGAAUAUUUCUUCUCAACACCUAUCAGCUAGAGGUUAGGUAUAUACCCUGAAGCAAGAGGGUUUUAUGGUCCUCACACAUUUUAUCCUUGUCUAAUGUAAAUUUAUAUUUAGUGUAUGAAAAUCUAUGUAAUGAAUGUUUGUAUUAGAAAACAAGAUCUUUAUUUUCCUCCAGUUUUAUGUUGGCAUAAUUCUGUUGGCCCCUGUGGAGUUGCUCAUGCUUUACACUGGCAUAAGGAGGAAAAAGAUCAGAAGCUUAUUUAUGCAACUGUGAUUCCUAAAGGAAGCAGAAUCAAUUAAGGACACUAAGAACAUAAGAACAUAAGAAUGGCCGUACUGGGUCAGA